AUGACAACCUACCUCAAUGAUGAGCCAAAUCCGCGGUUCCGGCCGGUGCGGGAAUACGGGAUACGAUGGCUAUUCUCCCAUGAAAGAAGCUAUUUGCUGUGUGAGUUGAAAAGAAUGACGGAAGUAAAGGGGACUUGGAGCCGAGGGCACUUGGAUAUAGGUGUGGCAGGGGUCUUCUUAUCUCAUUCAUUUGUUGGGGCCAUAAAUUUAAUUCAAAAUUCGAGGUGCCAGGUUGGUCAAAAAGGUGUAGAAGAGGGAGAAAGUGGAAAGGUGGUGUUUUGGGCGGGAGGAUUUAAACACGAGGGGAGUUUUCUUUGGGAUGACGAGAGUAAUUGCUAUUUUUCUUCAAGGGGAAGUGCUCAAACAUAUUGUAAUACGCAAUCCAAUGCAGAAGGUAGCAGUCAUACGACUCGAGGGUCCAACUACUCAACCACGUCACAUGCGCCAACGAACAAUGACCCACAGUCAGUGUUUGAAAUUGUGACCCAAGAUAUCGUUUGA